AUGGCUUCGGAUGGGAAUGAAUGGGAAUUGAGCAAAGAAAAUGUGCAGCCUCUGAGGCAGGGACGAAUAAUGACUACUUUGCAAGGAGUUUUGGCUCAGCAAGAUGUUUCUGCUCACACAGUUAUUCAGCAGCAAAAGAGGGCAUUUGAAUCUGAAAUUCGCUUUUACUGUGGAGAUGAUCCAUUGGACAUCUGGGACAGGUACAUCAAAUGGACAGAACAGACCUUUCCUCAAGGAGGUAAAGAGGGCAAUCUUUCUGCUGUUUUGGAGAGAGCUAUUCAAGCUUUGAAUGAACAGCAGAGAUACUACCAAGAUCCCCGUUAUCUUAGCCUCUGGCUUAAAUUUGGGAACUGUUGCAGUGAACCUUUGGAUCUUUAUAGCUAUCUACAUAGCCAGGCGAUAGGCACUUCACUAGCACAACUUUACAUUACUUGGGCGGAAGAACUGGAGGCAAGAGAGAAUUACAAGAAAGCUGAUGUGAUAUUCCAGGAAGGGAUCCUUCAUAAAGCAGAGCCUUUGGAUAAAUUAUUGUCCCACCAUAGGGAAUUCCAAGCCCGUGUGUCUCGACAGGUUUUGGAAGAGCUAGGAAAUGAUUGUGAUGUAGAGGAGCAGUUGGACAGUACUGUUUCUGAACCACAGAGAACCACACUGGCAGAACUGAAGGGGAGAGGAAAGAGAAUCAUAAAAGCCCCAAUUAGCCGUGUAGGAAAUGCUGUAAGAGUCCCAAGCCAAGGACAGAGUUUCCAAAACCCACCUUCUCAGCAAGCAUCAGUUCGUCCCACCUUUUCUGUGUUUGAUGAAAACAAAGUUGCAGAUUCUACACCUGAUUUUCCAGUACUUACACCACAGCCUUGGGUUGCUCCUCCACCCACAAAAUCAAAGGAGAAUGAAUUGAAAGCAGGUCCUUGGACCACAGGCAGGCGUCCUCGAUCCAAUAUGGAUUCCAGUGUUGUGGCUUCUGCUGCAACCCCCAGCUUUACUCCAUAUGUUGAAGAGACUGCACAGCAGCAGGCCAUGACUCCUCACAAAAUAGAGUCCAGCAUUAACUCUGUAUUAAGUGCCCGAAAACCUGGAAAAGAGGAGGAUCCACUACAUCGUGUGCAAAGCCAUCAUCAAGAUGGUCAGGAAAAGAAAGAACAGCCCAUGUAUUGUAAAGAGAGAGUCUAUGCUGGAGUAGAGGAGUUCUCCUUCGAAGAGAUUAGAGUUGAAAUCUACAGAAAAAAGAGAAGGGAAGAACUGGAGGCUUUAGCGCAAAAAAAAGCUGAGUUGCAGAGAAAGAUUGAAGAAAUGGAAAAAGUAGUGAGAGAGCAGCAAGAAAAUAAGCAGAAAUCAGGCACUCAGCAACAAGUAGAACAAGAGGCUGCAGCCGUAUUUUCUGCCAUAUCAAAGGAUUUGAAAUUUUCCCCAACUGAACAGCAACAUGUUUUAGAUACUGAAGCAGUUGUUGAAGGAUUUCUUCCAGAGUGUUUUUCUAUAAAAAGCAAUUUUGACUUGGCUGAAAGUAAUCAGUGCAAGAAUUCAAACUCAAAUGAAGCUGAGAUUUGUCCAGUUGCGACUUCUAUGCCUUUCUCUAUUUUUGAUGAGUCAUCUGCUAUAGAAAAUAAGACUCCCAGUUUUUCACUUGGCCUUUCACUGGCAAAUGGUAGUCAUCCCCUCGCAGCCCGCAAACUUUCAGAAAGUGUCACUGCUAAGGAAAACGUAGCUCCUGCAAAUUUGGACAAAUUUCAAGGAAUUGAAACCUUGAGUGAAGAUGCAAUUGUCACAGGCUUAUAUCAGAACAAAACUCUUUUCCCUAAUCCUGAAGAUACAUGUGAUUUUGUUAGGGCUGCCCAUCUAGUAUCAACACCUUUCCAUGAAAUAACAGAACAGAGGAAUCAUCUGGGUGACAAACUAGAGCAAGAAUGUCUGGAGUCUAAGACUACACUUCUGAAUCAACAAACAGUUGUUUGUGAAGGACAGUAUGAGGAGUCCAUCUAUGUGAAAAAACUGAGUCCAAUUUUGGAGGCAAGUGUGGAAGAUACCAGAUCUUCGGCAUCAUCAAGUUCCCCAAUACAAAUCUCUACUGUUAAAUUGGAACAAAUUCCGGAGAAAUUGGAAUUGAUUGAUACUACUGAUGAAAUCACCAAUGAUGUUGAAAACGCCUCUGAUGACUCUUCUGAGGGUUUGCAGAAUGCUGAACAACGCAAACAGUUGUUGCAACCUCUUCCAGAUUUCUUGACCGAGGCAUUUGGCUUUGAACAGGAGGAUCAAAUUAUGCCUUGGAUAGAAUUGGAAAAAGAAGUUAAUUUAGGAAAUGCUAUUUAUCAUGUUACUCAUGAGUAUUUGAUAAGUGAACAAGACAAGAUAUUCUCUGCUGUAUCAGCUAAUGUAACAGAUAAGGAUUCAGCAUUUUUAAUAAAGGUGCAUUCUGAGCCUGUGCCAUGGGACUUCUACAUAUUAUUGGUACUUCAAGAGCGCUUAGGCGCUGAAUUUGACCAGAAUUUUAGUCUCUGCACUUGUUUCUUAUACCACAAUGGCUGUGUGACUCUCCAUGAGAUAGUACGCUCUCUCACUGUUCAGGAUAUGAUCCAGCAUGAUAAAGUUAUCCCUCGGGAAGUGAUACUGUUGAUAGUUUACAACCUCUUGGAAGUGGUAGAAAAAAUGCAUAAAGCAGAAAUAAUCCACGGGAAUCUGAAUCCGGAAACAUUGUUCUUGGGAGACAGUAUGUACAAUUCAUUUGCCAUGGAGAACAAUAACAAAAUUCUGAAGAUAGUAGAUUUCUCUCACAGCCUAGAUUUACGACGACAGCCAACUGAGAAUUCACUAAAAAGCUUCCCAAUAACUCAGACCCAGAUUGGACAGCAAAUCUUUAAUGAAAACACCUCAGUACAUCAGGUGGACAUGCUUGGCAUUGGAAACAUUGCCCAUUUGAUUUUGUUUGGGGAAUACCUGCAAGUUCAUUGGGAAGAAGACAGAUGGAAAACUAAUAGAGAUCUAUCUCAGUCCACCGAUGGUGAUUUGUGGAAUACAUUCUUUGACAAAAUUCUGAAUGCAAAUGGGAAAUCAACUGUGCUGCUUCUGCAAGAUCUCAGAGAGGAACUGAGCUUUGAACUAUCCUUUGAUAGUUCUUUCCCCAAACACCUUUGUGAUUUCAUACAAAGCUGGAAGCCUUUCCUCAUAUUGGAGACCUGA